AUGAAGUUCUCCCUCUUCAGUACCAUUGUCCUCUUCGCGGCGACGGCCACCGCCGAAACCAACAACGCCAUCACGAGGAUCAACGGCCGCACUCAAACGUUGAAGGGGGAGGCUGCCGAAGUAGACGAUGCCGAGUUGAACCGUGAGUGUCACAAACAAAUCGGCAGCUACAUCCCGUCCCUCAAGGCCGGACAGUACUCAACCAGUGCGUUCCACAACUGCUUCCGCACCAGCGAUCAAAUCUACGAGUUCAUCGAUGCGUUGGUCGCCCAAAACCCGACGUUGCUGAGCAAGUUUGCCAUCUCCAAGACGAACAAGGGGGCCACAAUUUAUGGGUACAAGUUAACCAAGGGCCACUCGCAGUCACUAUACUUUCAAGCCCUGCAACAUGCCCGCGAAUGGGUCGCGGGGUCAUCGAUUCUGUUCUCAGUCGCAUCAAUUCUGGAUGAUAUUGCCAACGAAAAACCCACGGCCGCCGACGAGUACGACUUGUACUUUGUGCCGAUAGUCAACAUUGACGGCUACGCCCACACAUGGGCGAGCGCCCGGUUCCAGCGCAAGAAUGCAAACGAAAUCGACUUGAACCGCAACUGGCCGAGUCUGCCCAAUCCCCGCCCUCCUCCCAAAAAGAGCAAUGAGUACCCCGGAUUUAAUGCGUUCAGUGAGCCUGAAACAGCGGGCAUCAAUUCAUGGCUCCAGACGAAACGCGGUGAAAUCCAAGGGUUCAUUGACUUUCACGCGUACGGGGGGCUCAUCUUGUACGCUUACGCAGACAAUAACAAGACCAUCGGCGGGGGGUUUGACGAGAAGUUCGAAGUCCUCGGCCGUGGAUUGGAAAACGAUAUGGGGGCGUACACGUAUGGACCGGCGAACUCAUUGCACCUGGCGUAUGGGGUGUUCACAGAUUACGCCUUCCGUGCGUUCCAAAAACCCGCCCUGAAGGUUGAAAUUAUCGGCGAUGACUUUGUCGUGGACGCGUCAACCAUCCCGACACGCGGCCUCGAAGUAUACAAAGGCAUCAACCGAUUCGCCAAGGAAGUCACCGUGUUCAACGGCGGAGACGUCACCCCCGACAAGCCGUCGUGUGGUGAGUAG